GGCAGACACCUGUUGUUGAGGCAGCAAACCACAGCAAGCUGUUCAGCGCGCACGAGCGCAGACUCACCAAUCACAAGUUACAGUCUGGAUCACAUGGAGCGAGAGCUCGAUUCAACACAGUGAGGCUUUACGGGACAAGAGAGAAGUUUUUGUGACUGACGAGGAUAGUUUGUUUUCCGCGGAUUAAUCCAACUCUCUGGGUUUUCAUCAUCGGAACUUAUUUUUUGAUAUUAUUUUAUUUGUUUUAAUUUUGUUCUCGCUUUACUUUCCUGCUAUUUUGACAUGAAUCCAACAACAGCGCUCCUCGUCUCUACUGUGGCCCUUUCUUUGGACUGAGCGGACACAUCCCAGGAUUCCAGGACACGGGACUGAGAAGGGCAUGCUGGCAGCCAUGCUGCGCCAGAGCUCUGGUGGUAGUGGAGGCAGCGGCGUCGGUGGAGCCAAGCUCUCUCUGGGCAUCUCUCGGCUAUCCAGCUCCAGCUUGGGUUCGGGGAGUUCCUCCAGGGUCGCCAAAAGCGGAGACAGCUCAGAUGUGCCCGCCUCGGACCCAAACUACAUCAUGCAGCUGGUCAGCGACGUGCGCAAGUUUGCCGAUGUGCUUCUGCAACUCAAAGAGGUCUUCAACUCCAAAGAGCACCAGGACUGCCUGCAUCAUGCGGUUCAUGAGCGCCUGGGCGAGCUGCUGCGAGUCCUGAAGGCUAUUAUCAAUAAACACCAGAGUCUCAACUCAGUGGAUAUCCUCAGUACAGCUGGAACCGUCAUCGCCACGGUCAAAGGAGUGAACUUCAAAGAGGCGAACGGUGAGAACAAACAGGAGCUUUUUGGAGACAUCUACACAGCUAUUGACACCUUGGCGUUCACGUUUGGCAAUGUAGUGUCUGACUUCCUUAUGGGAGAUGUAGAGAAUGGAUCGGUGUUGGGGCUACCCCUAACUAAAAGAAGUAGGUCGUUUGAGAACCUUUCUGUGGAAUCUGGAGGAUCCGGUCCUGAGAAAGAUGAUCCACCAGGGCCAUCUCAGCCGGUUCGCCCCGAGGAGGUGGAUCGAGCGCUGCAGCGGCAGGACAGCGGAGUCGACUCAGCGCUGCUCUACGCUAAAGCAUGGUCCAAGUACACCAAGGAGCUUCUGGCUUGGGUGGAAAAGCGGCUCAGUAUGGACAUUGAAUGUGCUAAGACUUAUGCCAAAAUGGCUGAAACUGCAAAAGCGCUUGCAAGUCAGCAGGAGUUCAUGCCGUUCCGCGAGAUCUACACGACGGCUUUCAAAAAUGACAACGAAUACAGUCAACUGGUACUAAGCACUGCAGCCAUUCUCCAAAGCAACAAGUUCAUGCAGCCUCUUCUGGGACGAAAAAAUGAGCUGGAUAAACUAAGGAAAGAGGUCAAAGAGCAGUGGCAGAGAGAGCAGAAGAAAAUGCACGAAGCAGACAACGCUCUUAAGAAGGCUCGGCUGCUGCAGACCCAGCGGCAGGAGGAGUACGAGAAAGCCAAGGUAGCCACCAGUCGUCUAGAGGAGGAACAGAAUGCAGGAGGGGGUCCAGCCGCCGCCAAGCAGCUGGAGAAGAGACGCAGGCUGGAGGAGGAGGCCUUGCAGAAAGCGGAAGAAGCCAGGGAGCACUGUAAGGCCUGUCAGCUCGACGUCGGAGUGAAGAGAGUCGAUCUGGCCAACGCCAAGAGUGAGAUCAUCACUCAAAUCCGAGAGAUGGUCUCCCAGUGUGACCUCACCCUCAAAGCUGUGACUGUGAACUGGUUCCAGCUCCAGCAGGCUCAGGUUGUAUCUCUGCCGGUCAACCACCAGAGUCUGUGCGAAAACGCUAAGCUGUACGAGCCCGGCCAGCGCUACAUCGAGUUCGUCCGGAGUCUGCCUGCUGAUGCUCCUCGCCUAGAGUACCACUCAAUUGAUGAACCUACCACAAAAACGUCAGGGGUUCACGCCAAGAAGCGCUCGCUAAGCAGCAGCCACUCCUCUCACAGCAUCCUGACGCAGCCGUCUGUGGCUUCAGACGCCGGAGACGAGGUGGAAGGCUCGGUCAGUACCCAUCAUGCCAAGGUUGCAGAGAGACGCUCCAAUGGAAGCAGCGAUUUCCAAGGCCGGAUCCAGGGCCCGUUUCGACAAUGGAGUUCCACCAGUCAGGGAGGAGGAAUGUGCAGCGACUCUGAGAGCGCAGGAGGCAGCAGCGAGUCCCGCUCCAUGGACUCCCCCACAGCAAGUCCAGGGGAUUUCAAGAGGAGGUUACCCCGAACUCCCUCCACAGGGACGAUGUCAUCCGCUGACGACCUGGACGACAGGGAGCCCCCAUCGCCUUCUGAUAACAGCUUAAACGACAUAGAGACCGCCAGCUCCCCAGGCCCCUUCAGAAACACCCAGCUGUCCAAAGCGGCCCAAACCCACAAGCUGAGGAAGCUGCGAGCUCCUUCAAAGUGCAGAGAGUGCGACAGCUUGGUGGUGUUUCACGGAGCGGAGUGUGAGGAGUGCUCGCUGGCCUGUCACAAGAAGUGCCUGGAAACUCUGGCCAUCCAGUGCGGCCACAAGAAGCUCCAGGGAAAGCUUCACCUGUUUGGCAUCGACUUCUCGCAGGCGGCUAAAAACAGUCCCGACGGGAUCCCCUUCAUUGUGCGGAAGUGCACGUCGGAGAUCGAGAACAGAGCGCUGAACAUCAAGGGGAUCUACCGCGUGAAUGGUGCCAAGUCUCGUGUGGAGAAGUUGUGCCAAGCUUUUGAGAACGGCAAGCACCUGGUGGAGCUCUCUGAACUGUAUCCUCACGACAUCAGCAACGUGCUCAAACUCUACUUGAGACAGCUUCCUGAGCCGCUCAUCCUGUUCCGUUACUACAACGACUUCAUCGGUUUGGCCAAGGAAAGCCAGAGCAUCAUUGUGGAGGAGAUGGAAGCUCUGCGGCUCAACACCAACCCCGUGAGCCCGGCUCAGGUCAGCGUGGACCUGAACCGAGUCCUCUUCAAAAUGAAGGAUCUGCUGCGACAUUUACCGCCAGCUCACUACAAGACUCUGCAGUUCCUCAUAGAGCAUCUUCACAGGGUGACGGAGUGUUCAGAAGAAAACAAGAUGACGGCCAGUAACCUGGGGAUCAUCUUUGGCCCAACGUUGCUCAAGCCGAGGCAGGCGGACGCAGACGUUUCCCUCUCCUCUCUGGUGGAUUACCCCUAUCAGGCGCUGAUCGUGGAGCUCCUGAUCAGACACUACCAGAUGGUCUUCGACACGCCUCUCAGUCCUCUUGGUAGCAGCCCGCCCAUCGAGGCUGAUGGUUCCCUCACCCAGCAAGAGAAAGAGCAGCAGCUGAGCAGGCACUCCAAGUCACUAGGAGACAUUAAGGAGCAAAGCUCCAAGGCGUAUAAAAGAUGCUCCUCCAUAAUUCCUUCAUCGCACUUACUCGCAGAGGUUCGGGAAAACGUGCCAAACAGAAGUGAAUUUGAUCUUGCUGGCGAUGUGGACUCUGACAAUCUUAACGGAAACGUUGACGCACCAAAGCCCAGCGAAAGAGGACUCAGCCGGUCCCAGCACGUCACGGUCACCAGGGUCCAGCUGAGGCACCCCCGCGGGAAACUCCUCUCCUCGCGGCCGGUGAGCAUGCCCCCCGAGCGGCUGCCCAGCCAGGAGCGCGUGGAAGAGAACAACGCCUUGAACAGCACGGACCACGCCGACGGGAAGGGAGGUAGCUGCCAGUCCAUCAAAGAGGUCGACGAGACGGACACGGCAAAGCUGCGUCUCGGCACGCAUUACCGGAGUACAUUUAUCGACACGCAAACGUUGCGCAGAACGUGGGACAAACAGUACAACCAGGAUGCUGCUUCCCGAGCCGGGAGACUCGCUUCCAGCUCACCCUCCGAGAACUCGGCGCUGGAUCCCAACAGCUUAUCGGCAUCCAUGCCGUCAAACUUGUCUCUGGGAGGCGCGGGGAACACCAUCAACACCGUCUACCCAAACAGACCGUACACGGUAGCGGUGCGGCCCAGUCGGACGUUAAAAAGGGAGGACAACGUCACCAAGUACAGCACCGUUUCAACAGCUUUUCGGGCUCCGAGGACCCUCCAGCCUCCGCCGGGGACUUUCUACAAGCCCCCAGCAGGGAGCAAAUCCAAAGCGCUGCAGAACUGUGCGUCAGCAAACAGCGCAGAGGACGAGGAGGACGACGAGGAGGACGAGGAGGAGGAGGAAGAGCUGGGGAUCGAGAUAGAGGUGUCAGUCGACGAGCCUCUCGAGGAGGACGUGGAUGUCGAGCCGGAGCCCAGCUCUAGCCCAGAAGAACUGGGUCAGAACCAGAGCAAACCGGUGUACCAGAGACUAAGGCCCAGUCGUCUACAAGAGGUUGAACACAGGGAAGCUCAUUUUGUGUGACCCCCCCCCCAAAAAAGCCAUGGACUGUCAUAAACAGUGAUGGAGAGUGAGCGAUGUGUGUGCCAUGACAAAAAAAAAAAACAUCUGAGUGAUGCAGCAUCAAAAGUUAUUUGUAUUUGUGCCAGAUUAAACCACUAUAUGCUUUCAACACACAAAUCCUUCCCACAUUCCUCAGUACACUGGGCACCUCUUACCAAUAUUUAUAAUUGUUUUUUAUUCAAACUGUGCAAUGACAUUUUUAUUUUUAAUAUUUUGUACAAAGUUCAUACAGUGUCACUAUCUUGAUUUUAUAUACCAAAAACAUUGUUGUUACUUAAUAUGUAUAUUGUAGUCGCAGCUGUGAAAAAAAGAACAAAAAAGGAUUCAGCGCACUUAUUUUGAAGUCUGCCUACACAUUGUGUCAAAGCUGUGUUGUCCGCAGUGUUUUAAACUGUUACAUGUAGGAUCCUCGUAUUAGCUUGUCUGUACACCAGUAUAAAUCCUUGGACAUGUAUACCAGCAUUAGGGUUUGUCAUGUUGAAGAUAGAUGUGUCCACUUUGCUUCAAAGCUUUUACAAAUGCCACCGUUUUCUGUGCUGGCAUUCCUUUUGAUACAUUUUAAUUUAACAUUUAUAUUACUUUAAUAGCCAAAGGUGUUUUUAUUAUUAGCUUAUUGAUGAGACUAAUCAAAAUCUUACAGUCUUUGUAAGUGAUAGGAAGUUUUAUUUUGAUGGGUUUUUUUGUGGUAAUGUACAAGUUUGGCAAAAACAUUGAAAGGUUCACUGUAAGUAAGACAACAGGUACAUGGAAGCAAACACCCCUUUGUAACUUAUUAAAAUAUAUUUGAAAAUGUAAAUAUUUGUUUUUGUCUUACAUCUUUACAUUCCAAAACAUUUCAAGAGGAGGUUAAUAAAUGAGAACUUCAAAAGU